AUGGUGGGUCCUUAUACUUCUAGGGAUGAUCGUGUAAGGGUCAUUCAGUGUCUUGAAUUAGGGUUAAAUACCGCUGAAAUUGUGCGGCAGACGGAUUUGAAGCGUCGAACAGUUCAGAACAUUGUUGCGCGGUACAAGCGUCAGGGAAGAAAGAGGUCGAAGAAGAUACUUCAUCGAGAUAUGAAGGCUGCUAAUGUUUUGAUCACAAAGACUGGAACAUUGAAGUUGGCCGAUUUUGGCCUCGCAAGAGCAUUUUCACAAAGGAAUGGUCAGCCUAAUAGGUACACCAAUCGUGUUGUUACUCUUUGGUAUCGUCCUCCUGAACUACUACUUGGGGAGAGAAAUUAUGGACCACCAAUUGACCUUUGGGGAGCAGGCUGUAUUAUGGCAGAAAUGUGGACAAGGACCCCUAUAAUGCAAGGAAGUACUGAACAGCACCAGCUUAAUUUGAUAUCACAGCUUUGUGGUUCAAUAACUCCAGAAGUUUGGCCAGGAGUUGAAAACUUGCCAUUGUAUUCUACCAUGGAACUUGCCAAAAAUCACAAAAGAAAAGUCAAGGAGCGGCUGAAGCCGUAUGUCAGAGAUCCUCAUGCUUGCGACCUUAUUGAUAAAAUGCUUACCUUGGAAUAUGCUGACUGUUCCCUGAACCAUGAUUUCUUUUGGAUGGACCCACUUCCUUGUGAUUUAGGAAAAAUGCUCUCACAUCAUACUCAUAGUAUGUUUGAAUUUUUGGCAACACCACGCCGUGGCAAACAGCAACAACAGCAGCAACCACCUCCACAGUCACAGCAGUCACAAGCCAGUCAUUCAUCACAGCAGCUUCCCUCAUCCCAGUCUUCAAACCAGUCACAACAGGGUGCUUCAAGAAGAUCUGGUCACAGACCUUCAGCUUCAGCUAGGGUAGCUAGCAUGUCUUCUUGUCCAGAGAGAAUAUUUUAAUAAAUAG